ACCCCAAGGUCUGAGGCCAGAGGGAGCCUGCAGCAGGGGUCGGGGGCUGCAGGAAGCCACGCCCCAGGUAGGCAGAGGAGCAGGUGCUGGGUCACGGAGCGGAGUGGGGGUCGAUCUCGGCACGGUGCAGCUCCCGGCUUGGCGUGCGGCGUGGGCCCCCUCUGCACGUCUGGCUCCACUGUGCAGGCAGCAACCUGAGACCCAGCCUAAAAAUAACCCUGCAUUCACCCCCGGAGCUGCGACCUUCGGGGCUUCGUCUGGCUGGGCAGGCACCGAACCGAACGCCACCUGCACCGGGCAGCGGCCUUUCCUCCUCUCGCCCCCCGGCAUGUGCCCAGCGGCCAGGGGCAGCUCCAAGCACUAGGCUGUGCGGCAAGAGGGAGAAACGGAUCGUGGGGGCUGCCCGGGGGUCCAGCUGCAGCUGCCUUGAGUCCAGGGCCCUGGGGACAGGCUCGGCAGGGUGCAGGGCUGCAACGGGAACCCCAGUGAGGGUUGAAUUCAGCGGCCACGAGCCAUGCACCAAGCCCAGGCGCAGAGCAAGAAAAGCACAUCUGGGGAGGAGGCCGGGGGGCUGGCACGCACACUGGAGAGGCCUGGAGUGGCCCCUCCAAGUCCCGGCAUCCCCCUGAAGCGCGCCAAGGUCACGACGGUGCCCGAAGCGGGGGCGGCUCGCCCAGCAGCCCCGGUGUUUGUGCGGAAGCUGAAGAACGCAGCCAUUGGCACCGGCUGCGACAUUCGGCUGCGAGUGGCUGUGGUUGGGAGCCCCCUGCCCCGCCUGCGCUGGUACAAAAACAAGGCACAAAUCCCCCCACGGGGAGAGGAGUACGGCACCCUGUGGAUCCGCGACAGCAAGCUGGAGGACGCCGGCGUCUACACCUGCGUGGCCCAGAAUGAGCAGGGUGAGGCCAUGACGAGCGCUGUGCUGGCCAUCAUCGAUAUGGAAGGCAAAGAGUCACCUGGUCCUCACCUGGCCGCAUCCCUCUCCUGGGUCUCAGGUUACGAAGGGUCAUAGGUUACGUGCAGGCAGCUGGAGCAGCUUCCCCUGCCCCAGAGGUCUCAGCCAAAGUCACACACCCCUAUUCCCACCACCAAGAUAUUGGUGCAGCAUACAGGGAAAC